GCAUCCCAUAAUAGGCAUCUGGUUGGCCACUGUGAAGACCGAGUGCUGGUCUAGGUGGGCCAUUGGCCUCAUGCUGCAGGUUUUAGCAGUUCUGUUGUGCUGGCAACAAUUCUGAUAUGCUCCUACAUUGGCCGCCUUUAUUGGGCCUUCCAACUGUCAACAGCUGCUUUCCCCGGAAUCUUCCAGCUUCCUUCCUCUGAUUGGCUCUUGCCAUACCGUCUGCCUUUUGAUGUCCUCCUUUCAGGGGAAAACAGAGCUUGGCUGAUUUCCCCCUGCUCUCCUUGCCAGGGCAAAAAGCUACGCUCCCUGCCUAUUUUUCACCCAUACCCAGGGAACUAUGGAAACUUCGAAUACCUCAAUUCCCAAAUGCAAGAAAAAGGAACUGACACCUGGACUUCUAAUUGCUACAGUGAUUCCCUCCCUUGGAUCCUUGCAGCUGGGAUACAUCUACUGGGUUGUCCUCAACCCAGAGACGGUCUCACAUAUAAAUUCCAACAUAACGGAAGAGACUGAAAGGAUGGACAUCAGAAUCGAAGAGGCUCAGACUGGCUGGAUGGCCUUUAACGCUAUGGUCUUCCCAAUUGGAGGCAUCAUUGGGUCGCUGAUGCUCGGCACCUUGGUGGAUAGCUGCGGCAGGAGACGGUCCUUGAUGCUCAAUAAUGCUACGGCCGCCGUUGCCUGUGGAUUAAUGGGUGCUUCGAGUGCACGGAAAUUCUACGACUUUGGCAUUUUUGCUCGCUUCCUCGUUGGGGUAUCUUCAGGCUUGUUUUCCACUAUGAUCCCCUUAUAUGUUGGAGAGCUCGCCCCCGUAAGCAUGAGGGGGGCCUUCACAAUGAUGUCCAUACUGUUCUUCACCGUGGGUCUCCUCUUGGCUCAGGCCAUCAGCAGUCCCAACAUCCUUGGGAACAAGAAACAUCUGCCAAUGAUGCUGGGCCUGACCGGGAUAGUUGCUUUCUUCAACAUCCCACUCCUGCUCCUGUGCCCUGAAAGUCCUCGCUACCUGUUUAUUCAGAUGAAGAACGAAGCAAAAGCGAGGAAAGCCUUGAAAAUGCUCAGGAACAAGGUUGACAUGGAAAAUGAGAUUGAGGAGCUCCGAAAGGAGGAGAAGUAUGAGAUACAAGAAAAGGACAUGACGAUACUUUCGCUUCUGAAAAGCCAUAGUCUCCGUCGCCAAGUCAUCACCAUCGCCAUCUUGUUGGGGGGCCAGCAAUUUUCUGGCAUAAUUGGGGGCUACUUCUACGCAGAGAAAAUCUACAGGUCGCUUCUAAGCAAAGAGAGCCAUAUCUUUUAUAUGAAUUUGUCUGUGACGUGUUGGCUCUUGUUUAUAGCCUCCAUAACGAUGUCUGUCAUUGACUCUGUGGGGCGGAGGUUUCUUCUACUUCUCGGAUUUCUGAUCUGUAGUGUUUCCUGCGUCUUGCUAACCUUGACCCUCGAACUUCAGCCCAUGCAGCCAUGGAUGAUUUACUUGAGCUCCGUUUUAGUCAUUGCCAUGCUCACUGGAUACAUGUUUGGGCCAGCUAUAAUCACCUACGUGGUCACUCUCGAGAUCUUCCUUCAGUCAUCGCGGGCCACAGCCUUCACGCUGGGCGGCAUAGUGAACUGGGUCACCCGCUGUUUUGCCGUGGGGAUCUUCCUUAAGCUAGAGCCACUCACUGGGCCUUACAGCCUCCUGAUCCUUUGGCCUCUCUGCAUGGUGACCUUUAUUUAUAUUUCCGCGAUGGUUCCAGAAACCAGAGGCAUGACCUUUCUUGAAAUCCGCCAGUCCAUGGAUCUCCAAGCCAAGGAGGAUAAGGAACGGAUAGAUAGAAACCCAAAAAUUUAGCAACUCAGAAGGCAUCGAUGCUGUGCUUAAUUGUUAUUUUUUAAGAUACAAUGGUCCAAAGAGAUCCCCUUCAUGCUGUCCUUCAGUCACCUCAGCUCUGUUAACACGUACGGCCAUUUACCUUUCAGUCCAGAAGAGCAACCCAAGCUGUUUCCCCCUUCCCUGCGUGCACUUUUCUAUUGUUCUACCACAAAUGUUGUUUCUUUAUUAAAUUACGAAGGGCGAGCACAAUCAGUCCAGAGCCAAAUGUGUGAAAUGACUCUCGAGCCCACAAAAUCACAACCGCCGGUAAUGGGGCCUGCACUGUGGUCGGUUUCCUUCGAUUCACCACACCCGUUGUGCUGUUUGAGACCGCUUUAUUUGGCCAGAACAGCCGCGGCCUCUGGGGAACCCCCAAAAGUGGAGUCCCCAGGCCUAUAAAUCACACAGAGGCAUUUGCACACACACACAGAAAUCAAGUCACGUUCACAAGCAGAGAUUGCAGUUAGAUAACCAGGCAAGGGCCUUAUCAGGAGAGCAAGGGUAACAUCACAGGCAGGCGUUUGAGGAAGAAGAAGGCUGCAGAUUCAUCUAUGGGGCCAUUACUCGGAACAGCACUGUUCUAUCCCCGCCUCCUUCCUGCCGUGAUUGGUUCUCACCUCCACUGCCAACUGCCAACAGCUGCCCAUGGAACUUCCU